CGGAGUAGAGCGGAAGUUGUUGGCUAAUCUACGACUGGAGGUGCCGGUAGCAUCUUCCAGGCUAACAACAUCCACAGUGAGCGUUUACUGUAUGUCACUGGAAACAAGACAAACUUGACAAUGUUUUGGAUAUGCGAAAGAUGAAGCUGACAGGGCGGGGGGAAGUAUUUUCGCCGACAUCACCUCUUAAGAGGAGGAGAAGCUAAUUUAAAGAAACCCGGAAGUGCCGUUGAAGCUCCCAGAAGCCGAAAACACAAUGAGUGCCAAAUAUGGCCUGGUGAGCUACAACAGUUCACGGAAGCACAUUUCAAUCUCCAUCCCAUCGUCCACGGAAGUGAUGUCACCUCAUAUAAAGUCUGUGGAGGAGCUUAGGGUUCUGGGAAUCAACCUUAGCAGCUUCAGUUCCCCCAUGCAGUUUUUCAUAUGUGUGGCUGGAGUCUUCCUCUUUUACCUCAUCUAUGGAUACCUGCAGGAGCUGAUAUUUUCUGUGGAAGGAUUCAAGCCUUUUGGUUGGUACCUCACCCUGAUCCAGUUUGGUUUCUACUCCAUCUUUGGAUUAGUGGAACUUCAGCUCACACAGGACAAACGCAGAAGGAUACCAGGGAAGACCUAUAUGAUUAUAGCAUUUCUCACAGUGGGCACCAUGGGCCUGUCCAAUACCUCUCUGGGCUACUUGAACUACCCCACACAGGUCAUCUUCAAGUGCUGCAAACUCAUCCCUGUCAUGAUUGGAGGAGUCUUUAUUCAAGGUAAACGCUAUAAUCUGGCAGAUGUGUCGGCUGCUCUGUGUAUGAGUCUGGGACUCAUCUGGUUUACGCUAGCUGACAGCAAGGUGGCUCCCAACUUCAAUGUCACAGGUGUUCUCCUCAUCUCCUUGGCACUGUGUGCAGACGCCGCCAUCGGAAAUGUGCAGGAAAAAGCCAUGAAGCUCCAUAACGGCUCAAACUCUGAAAUGGUGUUGUAUUCGUACUCCAUCGGUUUCGUCUACAUACUGACAGGCCUUCUCUGUGUGGGUGGGCUGAGGACAGCAGUGGCGUUUUGCUCUGAGCAUCCUCUGACGACAUACGGUUAUGCGUUCUUGUUCUCACUUACGGGUUAUUUUGGCAUCUCUUUCGUACUGGCCUUGAUCAAGCUGUUUGGAGCCCUGGUUGCAGUUACCGUAACCACCGGGAGAAAGGCCAUGACGGUUGUACUUUCCUUCAUGUUCUUCUCGAAACCUUUCACUUUUCAGUACAUCUGGGGCGGCCUUCUCGUACUCUUGGGCAUCUUCUUGAAUGUUUACAGUAAAAACCAAGAUAAAAUGAAGCUUCCCUCCAUCAAGGACCUCAGGAGCUGGCUGCUCACUGGAAAGAAAGUCCGCUUCCUCUCACAAAAUGUAUAGGAGGCUGCCACAGGCACGGUGGAAGUCCUGUACGGGCAGACUGAACAUCUGUGCAGCUAUGAAGUUGGCCUCCCCUGUAUCAGGGGAUAAGCUGAAACAUGUGCCUGAGCUACAGGCCUCAUCACUACCAACGCUGAGCCAAGGACACGUAUACAGGGUUCGAAAGCCAAUCAGCCUCACUCACAGUUGACUUGAAUAUAUUGUGAUGGGUGAUGGAGUUUCUGUAUCCUUGAAUUACACCACUGGUGUAGAACUGACUGUCUCCAUCUUCAGGAAACUGAAGGAACUAUAUGAAUUUUUAAAAAAAGAAAUAGAAUCAGUGGCUCGUGGGUUCUUGUCAGAGACAAUGCUUCAGAACUCCAGCGGAAACAUUCCCAACAUGGAAGACAACACCAAGACCUUUAAGACUGAAAAGGGAAGCCUGCGCCUUAGCUAACCAAAUCACAAAGUUUUUGCACUGGAAGUGACUCGUGCACUUAAAGCCUUUGACUGGUUAGAAAGAAAACUGGAAGGAAAGAGUCGAAAGAGGCCCGGGAGUUUGUCAAAUGAUUGAUUGAGACAUUUUGUCUCUGCUCAUGACAGAUGGACUAAAAACAUCUGAUUAACAUUAAAAAUUGUCUUGGUAAAA